AAGGGUCGCAGUGCCGCAGAAACGGACAGGUGGAUGGAGUCCGGGGUGGGUGUAGGAAGUGGAUAUGGAGUUGGUGGUUUAGUGCCCAGUAGAUGAUUUGUUUGGAUGAAGUUGGCGAUCCUUGUUUCAAGUGGAGCUGCGAAGGGAGUUGUCUUCCGUCGACCGAGGAGGGCAUGAAAGUUGCAACGUGAGCGGGACAGCGGGCGGCGUGGAGAGGCUUGGCCCCGCUGGGAGCGCUCCGAGCACAGAGCCGCGGCCACCCCGCACGGAUUGCCGGCCGGCUUCCCCGUCCCCUCCACAACCUGCUUUACCGCUUCCCUUCCCCCUUCUACGCCGCUCCGCUCCUCUCUUUCCCGACCGGGCAUGGCUUUCGCCAACUUCAAGAGGAUUUUGAGACUCUCUACUUUCGAGAAGAAGAAAUGCAAGCAGUACGAGCACGUCAGGAGGGACUUCAACCCCGAGGAGAUUUGGGAGGUGAUCGGGGAGCUGGGCGACGGCGCCUUCGGCAAAGUCUACAAGGUCAUAAACAGAGAAACUGGAGUUCUAGCUGCUGCGAAAGUUAUUGAGGUCAAGAAUGAAGAAGAACUUGAAGACUUCAUGGUGGAAAUUGAGAUUCUGGCCUCAUGCGAUCAUAUUAACAUUAUUAAACAGCUGGAUGCAUUGUUUUAUGAGAAUAGGUUAUGGAUCAUGAUUGAAUUCUGCGCAGGAGGUGCAGUAGACGCAACAAUGUUGGAAUUGGAUCGUGGGUUGACCGAACCACAGAUCCGUGUUGUAGCUCGGCAGAUGUUGGAAGCUGUAAACUACCUUCACAGCCAGAAAAUCAUUCAUCGGGACUUAAAGGCAGGGAAUGUUCUGCUCACUCAAGAUGGCAACGUUAAACUAGCGGAUUUUGGUGUUUCAGCGAAAAAUACAAGAACUUUGCAAAAGAGAGAAACGUUCAUUGGAACACCCUAUUGGAUGGCUCCGGAAGUGGUGAUGUGUGAGACUAUGAAGGAUACUCCAUAUGAUUAUAAAUCUGACAUCUGGUCCUUGGGUAUAACCUUGAUUGAAAUGGCUCAGAUCGAGCCACCACAUCAUGAGUUAAAUCCAAUGAGGGUUUUGUUAAAAAUCGCAAAGGGAGACCCCCCAACACUGGAAAGUCCAUCCAAAUGGUCUACAGAUUUUAAAGAUUUUCUCAAGAAAGCAUUGGAUAAGAAUCCAGAUACCCGUCUAAGUGCCGCACUGUUAUUACAGCACCCUUUUGUGAGUGGUGUCAAUAGUAAUAAGCCACUCAGGGAAUUAGUGGCAGAAGCAAAGGCUGAAGUGAUGGAGGAAAUAGAAGACAAUAGAGAGGAAGCAGAAGAUGACGACUCAUCAGAACUUUUAUCGCCCCUUCCAGGUCAUGCACGUGGUCCUUCUGAAUCAAGCCAAAUUAGUCUGGAACCUGAAAACCUUGCCAAGAACUCGGUGUCUUCAGACGCUAAUGGUGCUGAUUCUCAGAAAGUUGGAAAACCUGAUAAAUCCAAUGAAGGACAAUUGGACGAGGGCAUAUGCAGCGGUGAUAGUGACAAAGCAGAAAGUGAGAACUCGGUGAAGACCAUCAGCUCUGACUCUGGUACAGAUGAUGGAAAGAAUGGUUCAUCUACCAAAGAUGCAUCUAAAAUGGACCAGCAAAUUAAUGAGGGGAAAAUGGGAAGUAUAAAUACUGCUGAACAGGUUUCAGAAACAAAGGUAUUAGGAAAGGAAUCCACUGAACACAAGCAACUGAGUUUGGCAGUCAAUUCUGAGCAUGUCAAACCUACAGAUAAGAUGAUCCCCGAGGAUACCACUGUUUCAAAGAAUGAACAGAAUGAAUCUGAUAAUCAAGCGACUCUGCCUCCAGAUUCAUCAACUCCCAAUGGGGUGGGAGACACUCCUGAUGGAAAUUCAACGAGAGAUUCGUAUUCUGGUAGUAUGUCUGCUUCUGACAGCAUAGACUUGAAUAUUUCUCUUUCAGGUGAACUGUCUUUAAACCAGGAGACUGGUUCCAUAUCCAUACGGGGUAAUAAAGCAAACAACAAAACUCUGAAGCGAACUAGAAGGUUUGUUGUAGAUGGAGUGGAAGUAAGUGUUACGACAUCAAAGAUAAUUGGUGAAGAUGAGAAGAAAACAGAAGAAAUGCGAUUCCUAAGGAGACAGGAACUGCGAGAGUUGCGCUUACUGCAGAAGGAGGAACAUCGAGCUCAAACGCAACUUAAUUUGAAACUGCAGCAGCAGCUGGAACAAAUGAUUCGUCGAUUUGACCAAGAGAUGAAUGCAAAGAAAAAGUUCUAUGACACAGAGUUGGAGAAUCUUGAAAGGCAACAGAAACAACAAAUUGAGAAAAUGGAACAAGAGCACACAAACAGACUGCGUGAUGAGGCCAAACGAAUUAAAGCUGAGCAGGAGGUGGAAUAUGCCAAAUUCGUAGAACAAAUGAAAGCCAAGAAGAAAGAGGUAAAGAGUGAGGUUGAAAACCUUCCCAGAAACCAACGCAGAGACAGCAUGAAACAAAAAAUGGGAGAAUUUGCACAGAAGAAAAAAACACAGGAACAGAAUUUUCAAUCAAAACAGCACCAAGAGCUGGAUAUGGCACUGAAAAAAAUAAUUGCACAGAAUAAGAAGGAAAUUUCUGACCAAGAAAGGGACUGUCUUGCAAAGAAACAGCAGCUUGUGAGAGACAGGGAAGCUGCCAUCUGGGAGCUUGAAGAGCACCAUCUGCAGGAGAAACAUCAGUCUCUCAAACAGCAGUUAAAGGACCAAUACACCCUGCAAAGGCAUCAAUUACUCAAGAAACACGAGAAGGAGUUGGAACAGAUGCAGCGUUAUAAUCAACGAAUGAUUGAGCAGCUAAAGACCAGGCAGCAACAGGAGAAGAACAGACUUCCUAAAAUACAAAGAAGUGAGGGGAAGACCAGAAUGGUGAUGUACAAGAAGAGUUUGCGCAUUAACUCUGCAGGGAGCCACACAGAACACAGAGAUAAGAUCAAGCAGUUUGGACAACAGGAAGAUAAGAGGCAAAAGAUGGAAAAGCAAAAUCAGCAAAUAAAACACGAAAGCCAGAUGAGAGACAUGCAGCUGACUUGUGAGAAUAACAUCCAUGAGCUCCAGCAACUGCAGAACGAAAAGUGCCAUCUUUUGAUUGAACAUGAAAACCAGAAGUUAAAAGCACUUGAUGAAAAUCACAACCGACAACACAAGGAUUGGCAAGAGAAGCUGAGGCCAAGAAAAGUAGCUUUGGAGGAAGAAUUGACCCAGAAGAAAAGAGAUCAAGAGAACUUCUUUAAAAUUGGUGAAGAAGCAGAUUGUCAGAGUCCAAGUUCUCCAAACAAGGUUGCCAAAUUUUUCCCUUUUUCUUCGGAGCCAUCCUGAGGGAGAUUGGAACCCAUUAUUUCUUCAUGAACUCAGGAGUACAAAUAUAUGAACAAGUCUUUAAUUUAUAUUUUCUAAACUUGUAUUGAUGUUUUCUGACUUGGAGGGGGAAGUGCUAUAUUUACUACUGAUAUCUUAAAGAAUAUGAACUGCUGAAUGUUACAGUAUUUGUUUUCAAAUAUUGCUAUGAAUAAAUAUCUAUUCUUUAGAUGUAUAGAAGUGUUCUUUAGUUGAGGGACGAUAUUUUUGUGCCUAUAUUCUUUGCUUUCAGGACUUUAUUUUCCCGAUAUGACGUCAUGCAAGAUUAGAGAGAAAAAAAAAAUCAAGGUAUUUAGUUUAUAUACCAAAAUACAAAUUUUACUAAAUGAUGCCUAUGUAGCUCAUGAAAAUCUGUGUUCAGACAAAAAAUGUCUUAUUUUAAGUGAACCAGAAGUGUAAAAGAACUGCCAAUAAAUGUUUAACUGCU